CGGCACUCCAGUUUGAAACUCGACUUACAAAUAUUCCGACGAGAGCUCGAAAAGGUAGUCCAUAAACACGUCCUUUGGAACGUGUGUCUCUCCCAAGUCAACUACUUUUGUGGGGCUACCAAUCACCGUGCAACCCUAAAGAAUACAGCAAGAAUGGUAAGUUUUUAUACUGCCACCAAACAGGGCCAAAUUACAGGGUUGCAGAAUUCGAUACCCAUUCCACCAAAGAAGUACUCCAGUCCAUACACCACUAUGCCUGUGUGCCUAAGAUACGACAUUAUACACUCAGUAACACAGGUUCAGUUUUCCCUCACCAAACGCCAUCAAUUUGCUUCCCUGUAAAGGCUGGAGAAAGCUGGGCAGCUAAACCUCGGCUGAGAUCAUAGAUAUUCAGCUGGAUCCCACUGCUACCCGUACCCGGUCCAGUUGCCAUCUCUCCUCAAUGCAUACACUCAGCAGCGCUACGCAGAGGUCA